UCUUGCCGGCCAUUCCCUCGCUAAGUUUUGUUGACUUUGUUGCAUAUUUAAAGCUCAGAUGUUACCUUGAUUUGCCUGGGUAUUUCGUAUCCUCUCUUGUCAGCCAUGUCCACUGGAGCGGUGGAAGGGACACCUGAUGCCAGCGGCGAAAAACCCUACUGCAUAAAGGGGGAUAUCGAGACCUCCACCCGAGAGGCUGAAACAGACGAGAACGUCGUCCUUCAGAACGAGAGAGAAAUUGCAUCUCACGUCAUUUCUGUGGUCGACGAUCCUAGUCUGAACCCCUGGACCUUUCGGGCUUUCUUCAUCGGUCUUGGCCUUUCCGCCUUUGGUGGAUCCCUGGCUCAAAUAUAUUACUUUAAACCUCAAACUGUCAAUGUAUCUCUGAUGUUUCUCGGCAUCAUAUCCUAUGUGAUUGGCCUUGCGAUGGAAACAUUCAUUCCACGCUACGGACUGCUCCGAUACCUGAAUCCAGGACCCUUCAAUAAGAAGGAGAAUGCGUUCAUUAUCAUCAUGGCCAGUGCAGCUGCGAAUUCUGCGUUGGCUACGGAAGUUCUCGCUGUUCAACGUUUGUAUUAUAACAUCACGCCGAAUGCCGUGUCGUCAAUCUUUUUGUUGUUCUCUUCUCAACUGCUCGGCUAUGGAAUCGGCGGUCUGAUGAGAGGGAUCCUCCUCUAUCCGUCGAAAAUGUUGUAUCCUGGCGUUCUUCCGUUGCUCUCCAUGCUCGACGCUUUCUAUCACGAUGGUAUCGCAGCACGCCGAAAGCUCAAGGUGUUCUAUUUCGUCUUUACUGUAAUCUUUAUAUGGGAGCUUUUUCCAGAAUGGAUAUUCCCCCUGCUCACCGGUGUCUCAAUAUUCUGCCUCGCCGUUCCUGACAAUGCUGCUGUGUCUCGCGUGUUUGGUGGUUCCAAUGGAAACGAGGGCCUCGGUCUAUUGUCCCUGUGCUUCGACUGGCAGUACAUCUCGAGUAAUGCUGGUAACCCGAUGGCUAUUCCACUGAGGGCUCAGGUGCUCUCCAGUUUCAUUGGUUAUGUUCUCUGCAUGAUUGUCUUCAUCGCGAUAUUCUACAACAACAUUUGGGAAUCUCAAAACUUCCCAUUUUUGGCGCAGCUCCUCUUUUACGAGAACGGGACUGUCUACGACCAGACUUUGAUUAUGAAUUCCAACUAUGAGGUGGAUCCUACCCUGGUGGCAGAACAGGGGCUGCCAUUCUAUGCCGGCACCUGGAUUGUUAACCUUCUGUCAAUGAACCUCGGAUUGGCUGCCACGUUCACUCACUUACUCCUGUGGAACAAAGAUGACCUUCGUGCAGCCUGGACUUGGAUCAACGUAGACACACUGAGGAGUUGGCGUGCUAAUUUCGAUUGGAAGUUCUGGAAACACAGUGGAGAGAGGGAAGUCCCGGCCAACACUGCGGACCUCGACCCGCACUACCGGGAGAUGCUCAAGUAUCCAGAUGCUCCGAAUAGUUGGUACUUCUUAACGUUCGUUCUCUCUUUCAUUGUUGGACUGGUCGUCAUUUACAAGACAAAUUCCACGCUUCCCUGGUGGGGAUUUGUCAUUGCAGUCCUCUUGGCCACUGUGUCUAUCUUGUUCUUUGGCGCGUUAUCCGCCAUUACUGGCCUUAGUCUCUCCAUCCGCACCGAAGAAACCCUAGUCCAGAUGAUUUCUGGCUACCUGCACAACGGAAGACCCAUGGCGAACAUGUUCUUUGUCCUUUACAGCUAUAAUACUGUGUCUCAAGCUUUGCUGCUACUACGUGAUUUGAAGAUUGCCCAAUACGCCAAACUGCCUCCCCGAGCUGCAUUCAUAGCCCAGAUCAUUGGCACCUUACUCGGCGCUGUUCUCAACUACGUCUUGAUGAAUUCCAUCAUCGACAAUGAACGCGAAAUCCUGUUGUCUGUACAAGGAACAAACAUCUGGUCUGGCCAGCAACCUCAAUCAUACAACUCGCAAGCCAUUGCGUGGGGCGGUCUUGCUCACGAGCUCUUUUCAUCUGGUCAAAGGUACCGAUGGGUUCCCUUGUCCUAUCUCAUUGGCUUGGUCGCGCCUCUUCCCUUCUGGAUUAUUCACCGUUACUGGCCGAGACUGCGCAUGGAUUACUAUUACAUUCCUAUCAUUUGCUACUACGUUGGAGCGCUUUCCGCUGGAAUAAACUCUUCAGUUGUGUCGUAUUACAUGGUAUCGUUCUUGUGUCAGUGGUGGCUCCGUACUAGGUACCCGCGUUGGUUCGUGGAAUACAACUAUUUGGUUGGCGCAGCCCUCGAUGGUGGAACGCAAGUCAUGGUAUUCAUUCUCUCCUUUGCGGUGCAAGGGGCUGCUGGAAAAGCACAUCUUAUUCCGGAAUGGUGGGGUGCUGAUCAAAGCGGAAAUUACGACCGCUGCUUGUCUCUCUGAAUAUCAUAUACUAGAUUGAUAGAUUGCGGCAGGUAUCGAUGACAUCUCCUGACAGAUUUAGAUGAUAGAUCACGUUCGAGUUGGAUGCCAAUAUCGUAUCUGACUUUACGUUUGAAGGUCCCCAACUGGAAGGCCACGACAAGAAUCUGUGACGGGCGGCGUCAGUGGCGGCAUAGACAACGAGUUGGAUGUGAACUGAUGAUACACCGAUGUUGCCAUAUAUUUCCAUAGGGUUGAUCAAUAUUUGCGAUGGCUGGAGCGCGUUUCGUUGGGGAAAGGUAUUUAAGACCCGCAACUGGGGCCUGAGUCAUGAAGAGCCU